AUGAAUGAGAACACGGACUGCACCCCAGUUUCGGAGGAUGAUGAUAAUGAUGGAGAUGGUGUUGAGAAUAAGGACGAUGAUGAGAAUGGUGAGACUGAGGAUGAUGAGACUGAGGAUGAUGAGACUGAGGAUGAUGAGACUAAAGAUGAUGAGAAUGAGACUGAGGAUGAUGAGAAUGAGACUGAGGAUGAUGAGAAUACGACUGAGGAUGAUGAUGUUGAGGAUGAUGAGACUGGUGGUGAUGAUAAAGCUGUUGAGAGUGAGGAUGAUAAAUAUGAGGAUGAUGAGAAUGAGACUGAGGAUGAUGAGAAUGAGACUGAGGAUGAUGAGAAUUAGACUGAGGAUGAUGAUGAGAAUGAGACUGAGGAUGAUGAUGUUGAGGAUGAUGAGACUAAGGAGGAUGAUGAUGUUGAUGAUGAUGAGAAUGAGACUGAGGAUGAUGAUGUUGAGUAUGAUUAGACUGGUGGUGAUGAUAAAGCUGUUGAGAGUGAGGAGGAUAAAUAUGAGGAUGAUGAGACUUGUCAUUUAUACUUACAGCAUGCAUAAGGCAAACACUCUUAUCCAGAACAACUCACAUUUACCUCAUUAACACACCUGAGCAGUUCAGGGUUAAGGGCCUUGCUCAGGGGCCCUGCUGUGAGAGCUUGAUUUUGGCAGGAUUCAAACUCAUGCUUUUCCAAUCAGAAGUCCGACACUGACCCACCGAGCAACCCCUUCCACUAGCAGAGAAUGAUGAUGAUGAUAC